AUGCGGCCUCAACAAGCAGUCGCGGGAGGACAUGCGCAGGGCAUCGCAGCGCCCCAAGUAUUCCGCCGAUCGUCUCGACAAUCUGCGCAAGGGCCAGGCAACUACAUUGCGGCCAUCGGCGCAUUCGGAAGAGGCAAGCAGUGGGAGCGCGCGCUGUCGCUUCUCAGUGAGAUGGCGGAAGCAGCGGUGGAGCCCAACGUCGCCAGCUGCAGCGCGGGGGUCAGCGCGUGCGGAAAGGGCGGACAGUGGCAGCGGGCGCUGUUGCUGAUCGGCGAGAUGCGCGAGGUGAUGGUUGAGCCCAACUCAGCUACAACGCUGGGAUCAGCGCGUGUGAGAAAGGCGGGCAGUGGCAGCAGGCUCUCUCGUUGCUCAGCGAGAUGUGGCUGA